AUGUCCUCCGGGAUGCGAAGGACUCCCACGAGGAGGUCCACAGGAGGUGCAGUCAGGGACGCGGAGAUGGAGGUCCACGCUAUGGUAGCGUCGGGCCUGAUCAGGUGCACACCCGAGCUGAGGCGAAGGGGAGACGAGGUCGUGGUUCUCCUGUGCACGCGGUGCCAGCGCAAGUGCCUGAAGGCUCUGUUGAGAGCAGAAGACAACCUCGACGACCAAGGUGGAAUGAAUCACGGCUUCGCGUGGUCUCGAAUCGUCUUCCAAGCACCAUCCAGCGUUCUGCGGCAGGGAAAUAUGAUUUCUCCACGUCGUCAGGGGGCCCUGUCCCUGGUGUUCGUGGGUUGGCGAAGAGCACCACCUUUCAAUGGAAUGGCUGGCCAAGGUUGGAAAUCCCUGAAGAUGAAGCUGGCGGCGUGGUCGCGCGUCUCAAGGACGAAUCUGAUGCUAUCCCGGUCUUCGUUGACGACGAAUUAG